GCAAUACUUCAAUAUAAGAGUUUCAUAUUUUUUGUCAACCAAUCGUCUCUUUUUUCGAUUCAUAAUCGAGCAAGCGAUUUUGUUCAUUAAUAACGUUCUUGGAACGAUCCGCUUGCUUCAUUCAAUUUAGUAUAAAAUCGGAGAUUCGUCAAAACGUUUUCAUUCACUGCUUUUAUAGUUUGAGAGAAAGAGUUCAGUUCUUUGCUUUUUGCUAUAAAUUUUCUUGUUAAAAAUCGAAACCAUUUUUCUCGUCAUGGAAAACCCCAGUAAUUUACCCCGGGCUGUUCAAAUCUUAUCACCGGUCGAUCAUUGUUUCCAAUUGAAAUUGAAUGAUUUGGAGAGUAUUUUGAAUGCGGACGACAUCAAAGAUCGACGCAUCGUCGUCGUUUCGAUUGCGGGUGCAUUUCGGAAAGGAAAAAGCUUUUUAAUGAACUUUUUCCUAAAAUAUUUGUAUGCGCAGUAUAAAAAAUGUGACGUGUCCGAUUGGAUUGGUAAAAAUGACAGCGAAAAUGCAAACCGUGUACAAAUUGGUUUCAAGUCGCGUGGCGGUCGACAGCCGGAAACCACUGGAAUUUGGAUUUGGUCGGAUAUUUUUACACACGAUGAAAAUUUGGCAAUUAUUCUCCUCGACACCCAAGGAAUUUUCGACAAUCAAAGUAGUGUCAAGGAUUGUACAACGAUUUUUGCACUCAGCACCCUAUUAUCGUCCGUGCAGUGCUUCAAUCUGAUGCAAAACAUCCAAGAAGAUGAUUUACAGCAUUUGGAACUGUUCACCAAUUAUGGGAAGCUUGUUCUUGGCCAAUCGAAUGAAAAACCAUUUCAACAGUUGAUUUUCGUUGUACGCAAUUGGCCGCACGCAUGUGAAACGGGCUACGGCUGGAGUGGUCGAAACGUAAUUGAAGAAGUACUCGCUGAAAAUUCGGAUCAAACAUCCGAAAUGCAACAGUUGAGAAGCCAAAUUAAAUCGAGUUUCGAGGAAAUUUCAGCGUUUUUGAUGCCGUUCCCAGGCACCACAGUACAACAAGGUGGUUUUACAGGCGAUUUACAACAAAUCGACCCGGAAUUUGUAAAAUAUAUCGAAGAAUUGGUGCCAGCCAUUUUUGCACCUGAUAAAUUGAUCGUUAAGAAAAUUAACGGCCACGAGUUGAGAGCUCGUGAUUUUGCGAAAUAUCUUCAAUCAUACACCGACAUUUUUAACGGCGAUAAGUUACCCGAACCAAAAACCGUUUUGAUGGCUACUGCUGAAACGAGCUAUUUAAUUCUACAGAAUGAAUGCAUGAAUUUUUAUGUCGAUUUCAUGGAAGAAACAUUCGACAAAACAGAAACGUACUUUGACGAAAUGGAACUCAAGAAUAUCCAUCAAAGAGCUCUGGAUGGCGCGAUGUCCAAGUUCGAUGAAAAACGCAAACUUGGCGGAAAAAAAAUGAUUUCGAAAUUACAGCGCCAAAUUAAGAAAGACAUUAACGACAAAUUCGACGUUUUUACACAGAAAAAUCAAGUAAAACUCGAAGAUUUUAUUAAAAAGGCGAAAUGGCAUAAUAAAAAUGUGAUCACCGAGAUCAAAACGUCGUUGGUCAAAUGCGUGUGUGAAGAAAUCAACAAUACCGAAUUGAAUUUGACGCGUUCCCAUUUACAAACUAUUUUUGGAACUAUGCAAAAAACUGCAAUGGAGCAGUUUGAAAGAGAAAAAAUCGGUAUCGAUGAAAUCUCUGAUGAAUUUCGUGAAGAUCUUAAGCAUGGCCUAGACCGAUUUGGCGUCAUUUUGUUUGAAAUGUGGGAUGUAUACAGCAAAUCUGUGGGCAGUUAUAAGAAUGGUUUGAUGAAAAAAAUAAAUGAAUUCAACAGAGGAUAUGCGACAGAAUAUGAGCUUGUUAAUUCACAUCAAAAGGCACAAGACAAAGCAAUGGCACAGUAUUAA